GGAGAAAAUUCAGAAUUUGAAGGACACCGUAAACAUUGCAGAUUCUUGUGACUUAUUUAUGUUUUUAAUGCGUGCACUGAUAAAGUUAGGCUUCACUUGUGUGACUGUUUUAACUCCAUUUGAAGUUGAUGUUAUUAUUUGACCUCUACAUUUUACCCCCACAUUGGUUAAACGAAGAAUUAAAAAGAAAACUUUAAGUCUGCUUCUGCCGACAUAAUCAGUCUCUUUCAUACAACAGCCCUUUGUCGGUGCCUUGCAUUGUGCGGCAGACUUAAGCUACAACUUCAGGGAUUAAACAGAAGCACAUGAUGAUUCAACCCCGUGAUUUGUCGAGGAGAGCUGCCUCAUGGACUCAGUCAUUUCCUUUUUCUUUUCCUUUCCCCUUCUUCUUCCUCCUCCGAACACCGUCUUCUCCUCUCCCUCCUUCUCCUCCUCCGCAUCGCCCCGCAGUCCGCGAUGGCCUCCCCGCGGCUGGAGACGUUCUGCUGCCCGAACCGGGACGCUGCCACGGAGUUCGCAGUCUCCUUCCAGCCCGUCCUGUUCGGGGCUCUGAGUCUGGGCAGCGCCGCUCUGAGCCUCAUGUUCGCUGUUCUGCAGGUUCUGCCGAAGCGCAAAGGAUACAGGAGACUAGGACAGUACCCUCUGCCGAGGCCCGCCUCCUCCUCCAGAAUAUUGUUCAUCAUCAGUAUAUGUGACAUACUGGGAUGCACAGGGAUCAUUGUCAGAUCCUCUGUGUGGCUGGGUCUGCCGAGCAUCGUCGAAGGCAUCUCAGUGACCAACAACACGGACGUGUCGCCAGAGGCCUUCUGUGUUGGCAGCGCGAUGUGGAUCCAGCUGUUCUUCAGCGCUUCGUUUUGGUGGACUUUCUGCUACGCCGUGGACGUCUUCCUGGUGGUGAAAACCUCUGCUGGGAUCAGCACCAUUGUCCUCUACCACAUGAUUACGUGGGGUCUGGCUGUGCUGCUGUGUGUUGAAGGAGUGGCCAUGCUCUACUACCCAUCCAUCUCUGACUGUGAACAAGGCCUCCAGCACGCUGUUCCCCACUACAUCACCACAUAUGCCCCCAUGCUGCUCGUCCUCAUAGCUAACCCCGUGUUCUUUAGCCGGACCGUCUCUGCAGUGACAUCCUUAUUAAAAGGACGACAAGGAAUCUAUACAGAAAAUGAGAGACGGCUGGCUAACGAGAUUAAAAUCCGCUUCUUUAAAAUAAUGCUUGUGUUCUUUGUUUGCUGGGCUCCAAAUAUCAUCAAUGAGUGCCUCCUCUUCUACCUGGAGAUGCAGCCAGAUGUCACUGACAACAGUCUGAGAGACAUCAGGAACGCAGCCCUCACCACAUGGUUCAUCAUGGGCAUUCUGAACCCAAUGCAGGCUUUCCUCAACACCCUGGCCUUCCACGGCUGGACGGGUUGGGACGUGGACCUCAACCCGCAGCGGAGCAGGGAGCUGGCCUGGGACUCGGGCUCUACCUCGGUGCCUAACACGGCCGGACAAAACCCAGUGGUGGGAACGACUCUGCUGUACCAGAGUCACGUUCAGGAAGUGCAGAAGAACACGAUAGGAAAUGGACAGCAGCACUCUGACGCCAUCAGUGUCCUCUCUGAAGGUUCAGAGUCUAGUACAGUUGAAAUCCACAUUUCCAGCGAGCUACAAGGGGACGUAGAUGCUGACGGAGAGUCCUUGGAGAACUCUGUGAGACACUAGCUGGCCUCAUCCACUCCAACUCCCUCCCUUUUACAUCAUAUUAGUUUUAAAAGUUAGACCUUGGUAGUUUUAGUCAAGUGUUACGAUGGCAACUGCUUUUGAGAAAGCUGCUCUGACAGAGUAGAUUCAAUUUUCUGUUUUCAAGACCUUUUUUUUUUUUUUUUUUUUACCUCUAAACAUGUUAAACCUUCAGCAGUAUUUAUAGGGUUUCUUUUGCCGAUCAGCUGAACAGCCCCAGCAAUAUUUUUUUUUUCUUGUAGUGUAAAACUUGCAAAACAAACUGGCAUUUGUUUUGUUAUCCAAUUACAGAUUGACCUUUAGUGCUGGAAGAGAUUUCUUUUUUUUCCAAUGGGCAAAUUCUCUGUUUAGUGCACUGAUCUUGUAAAAUGGAUCCCAUCAAUAAGCUAAGAAGGCACUACAAAUUCUUUAAGCAUAUCAGUGUGUUUUUUUUAAUAAAGGCUAUUGUAUUUCA